GGCAACUCACAUGGCCACACGCCUUGUCAAUCCAUUUGACAGCGACUGCACUGGCCCUGGCACAGAGCCAACGCCAGCUGUAGCAGCACUGCUGACUUCCUCACAGCCGGGACGAAGCACUGAUGCAGAUGAUGCCGACAUGGACUAUGACGACUCCUGGCAGUGGGACAUCGAAAACCAGGACGAAGCAGCGGCUUCGCAGUGUGCAGCGCCACCAAAUGCUGAAACUGCUCAGCGUGUACCAGAGCCAGCAGCAGCCCUAGCUACAUGCCCACCAGCUCCAGCCCCGCCAGCUGCUGUGCCGCCAGUGCCGACAGCCCGCCGGCGGAUAAACGCAAGCCGGUCAUCCUGCACAAGGGAUGAUGCUGUGAGGAGUGAACUUGGUGCUCGGCUUUCUUCACUCACAAAAGAUGCUCAGAGAAAAAGGAAAGAGCACUUGCUCAAGAUGAAGCUAACGCGUGAAGACCAUGCACUUCGCAUGGAACUCGCUCGUGAGGAUCACAAGGAUAGACUUGAGAAAAGGCAGGCAGAACAUGCACAAAUAAUGGAAAAUCUUAAAGCAAAGAAGGCCCUUAUUGACCUAAAAAUGAAGGUUCUGCAAAAACAGAAUGAGUGAGGCAGAAGAAAAAGUUUUCGUGUAUGAUCAUAUGCCGUAUUUACUCGCAUAAUCACACUUCUUUGUCAAAAAAAUUGGUGCAAAUCCAGGGGUGCGAUCAUUGUACGAGUUAAAUUUCCCACGAAAAGAAACUUUUUUUUGAUCCCGCAUUUGCAGCACGGUGACAAGCAGGCGGCUGCCGUUGUCAGUGUGGGACACCGAAACAAAAAUGACGGCCGGCGGAGCAAGCCGAACGCGAUUAUUGUUCUUCUUGUGAGUACAUUACAUGCAUUGAAACAGUUCCUUCCGUAUCAGUAAUGAAUAAUGUUAAUAUCGGCACGUUUGCGACAUAGCCAUGUCUACUUUGAGGAGACAGAAACAGAGAUGGGCACGCUUAGCUGCCAGUGACACAGAAACACAUAGCGGGCAUGCUGUGGAAACUGCGACAUAUGUCUUCACUGUUAUCCUAAUAUGGCACGUUUCCACUAAGGGUGGGCGAAUAUCUUAGCUGCGUUACAAGCAUGGGCGUAUGAAUAGGGUACAUUUGUAACUUAUCAGCGUAAACGUGGCCACUAUUGUUGCCGCCCGCGAUUUGUUGCGUGCCCAUGAGUGCAGACGAGAGGAAUCAAAAGGCACCCUUUAUGUUGUUGCUGUUGACCAAAUCCAUUAUGAUGCCUACAAACAAAGCCGAGGCAAGCUUGGUUGUAGUUUUUUUUUUUUUUUUUUUCAUGGAAGUGCAGAAAGUGAUCGCAUCUGCUUAAGAAUGUUCGGUGCAUGCAGACCUCUUGGUAUGUUUUCAAGAAUCGUUUGCGUAGCAUUUGACAGAAGGUAAGUGCGAUCAUCAUUAGCUAGACUUGGCACACGACAUAUCGCUGCGACAAGUUCAGGGUGCGGUCAUUACACAGGAAAGAAAAAGUUGAAUUUUGACGACAAAAUUCAGGGGUGCGAUCAUUAUGCGAGUGCAAUCAUUAUGCGAGUAAAUACGGUAUGUCUUGUAAUAUAUGUUUCGUGUAUAUCAAAGUACAUGGGCAUUGUGCAAUUCUGCCACCAUCAGAAUGUAUCAGCUACCGCAGCUUGGAUCAAACGUGUAACCUCGAGCUCAGCAGCCCAACAUAUAGCCUCUGCAUUAGUGCCAGUUUGCCUACAUUGUAGCUGAAAAUUAAAUUAAAUUCUGGGGCUUUACGUGCCAAAACCACAAUCUGAUUACGAGGCACGCCGUAGUGGGCCACUCCGGGAAUAUGGACCACCUGGGGUUCUUUAAAG